AAUUGUCUGACUGACAGCAUUUAGCUAUAUAUUGGAAUCUCAGAAAAUUGAGAGUUGAAGGCAUGUCUGGAGGUAUUUAAUCCAACACCCUCCUCAAAAGGCUGGCAUCAGAAUUAGCUUGGAUUGCAACAGGAUAUUUUGACUUUUUAUACUAUUCAAGGACACUCAUAUUUCACAACCUACCUAGGCUGUUGCAGUGCUGCAUCCUUCUUAGCGGGAAGAAUGUUUGCCAUAUGUGCAACAGGAAGUUGCCUCUUUUCCUGUUAGAGUGUACUUUAACUCCAGUUCCUCUGUGACUCCCUGAUAGGUAGUGAAAGACUGCCAUUAAAUCCUCUUCUGGUCUUCUCCACAUUUAAAAAAAGAUGCUUUGGUUCCCUUGCUGUCAUUCCAGUUCCCUAUUCGUCUCAGGGGUUUUUAGCUGGUCUUGCCAGCUUUACUCUGGCAUGGGCCAGACACAAAAACCAGACACAGCGUUCUAGGUAUGACUUCACCAUGGUCAAGUUGAGGACAACUAUAACUUUGCUCAAUCAAAUGGUUAGGAUCAUGUUAAUUCCUUGCCAUAAUGCUGUGCUGCUGACACAUGGUGAGUUUGCUGUCUUUUGGAAUCUCUAGGUCUUUUUCUGCAGAGCAGUUACUAGCUUGUUCAUCUCCGGCCUAUACUGAUGCAAUUUUUAUUUGCCUUUCCCUUUUUCCCUCUACUGUGUCUGUUCUUGCAUAUUUCUUAAUUUUGUUUAUCACUUCAGUGCAGAGGUACUUUCAAACUGCUUAGUCAGCAGCCCCAGAUUGAAGUCAAGGUAGAUGAGGAUCUGUCUGAGGGAGCCCUGGAGGCUGAUCCUGCCCACUGGCUGCCUGCCUGGCCAGGCCUUCCAGUGCUGCAUUUGGUGCAUGAGCAUCGUAGUGCUUAGCCUAACACCUUGUUAAAUUAUAGCUGUCCUUUGUGCAUGUCAGCCAGUCGGUAAUUGCUUUAUGCUUUUAAGUUGUGUAUAUGCUGCUUGCAGAACCUUCCUUCCUCCUGGCUAGGGAUGCCCAAAUGAAGUGAUCCAAAAGAGGGGCUGUAAAACCACCUCACCUCGCACAAAAUACAAUUGAAUCAGAAGAUCACAUAAGGGUAGUGAAGAUGUUUGAGAAGACUUAAAUCACAGGAGACUCAGGAUCAAUAAAUGAAGAAUGAGCAUUAAUUACAUAUUCCAGUACUAGUGGACACAUUAAAUAAAAACUGCAGAUGCUAAUUUUAAAGGAAGCAGGGAUAUUUUUUUAUGGAUUGUAGCAAAGCUGCAGAAGCCCUUGCAGUAAGUCUUUGUAGUUACUAAAUGCAUAUAUUAAAAAAAUCUGGAUGAAUGCACAGAAGAAAAAUCCAUUAGGGGAUACUAGAUCUUGAAGAUGUUUACCUUAGUGUUUAAGAAAUCUAAAUCUAGCUCUAAAAGAGCUAGAAAGUGUAUUAAAUCUACAGGAGAAAAUAGCACAACACGUUUGGUCUGUUUUCCACAUACUUGCUGUUAGAAACUAUUGGCAAUCAAAAUAUUGUGUUUGAUGGACCUUUGGUUCAAGUUAGUAUGAUCUAUUUUGUUCACAGGAGGCAGCUUUUGUUUUCUCUUUCUGUGGUUUUAUUUUGUUUUGGGUUUUGACCUAGGGUAUUGCCUGAGAAGUGUUGAUACUUAGAAUCUUAAACUGUUUUCUUUCUAUUUUAAAAUUCCAUUUCUUAGAGAAAAGGGCUCUGGCAGUAUUUUGAGAGUGAAAUGGAAAAUGCAGGUUGGGUGUUCACUCUGUGCGUUUUCUUGCCACUGUCCAUGAUCAGCGUCCUUGUGGUAUUGUUGCCCUUUACAUAUCUGCUAUUCUAAAUUCAGUUAAGUGCUGUUUUGCUGGUAAAUUUUUACAUAGUAACAUGCAACUCUAAUCCCUUCUGUUGUCAUGAUUUUUCUGAAUGGACCUGCUCCUGUAUUUUUGUCUUGGCUCAGUUUUCCAGGCAGUCUAAUAUAGGCAUUUAUGCUGAUUCUUUUCAGUCAGAGAUCAAAGCCAGAAAAAAAUCUUAUAAAGCUUUCACAGAAUAUCUGUAACCAAAUCUGUUCAGACUCUGGAAGGAGAGCUUAUUGUUGGUUACUGUUGAGAAUGUGUUUGUAAGUGCAUCAGACAUACUUCUCAUCCCCAAAUCAUCCAACCUAGCUGGCUAAAGCUCAAGAUCUAAGGCAAUUGUCAGCUGUCUCUCUUCAUUUUUGCUUUAGGAUAUUAUAAUUUUUCAUGUUGGAAUAUUUCCUCUUAUUUUCCUAAAUUACUAAUGACACCCUCCCAGUAGUCAUAUCCAUGUCAGAAAUUUACUUUCCUUAUCUAGUGUUUAAAAAAACCCAAAAAACCAACCAACCAAGCUGUCCACAAAACGUUUGGUAGCCAGCUUAUUAUUUACUUUGCUUUUCAGUAUUGAAUAACUGUUCCCUUGAUGUCCCAUAAUUGAUCAUAUAGCACCAGAAAAAAAUGUGGGGUUUUUUAUUAUAAUUUUUUUCUGUGAAUAUAGCCCGACAGAAAAAAUGUACAGUAAUUUUUUGUGAAGUAUCAGGAAGUUGCCCAAAUAUCAUGCUUUCAGGAUGCAGGAGGGUUUGUGUAUAUGUACAAGUGGCCUUUAGAGUGACAGAACCACUUGGGCAUUGGUUGUGAGCACUAUUUUAUUUGAAAGCAAUUAGAAGAAAGCGUCUAUGGGUAGAAAGGAAGUUUCUUGCCAGGACAGCAUAUGAAAUCAGACAGCUGAAACUGAACAAAAGAACGGCGUAAUGAAGUUUUAAAUUCUUGCUGCUAAAUUGCAGGUGCCUACAAAAGAUAACUUUAUCUUAUUUUAAUUAUUUCUGGAACAUUUGACUGUCAGGUGAUGGCUUUUGAGGAUUGGCUUUGACACUUAGAGUUGUUUAGCAGCCACUCAGUGCUGUGAGAUGGUAAAGAUAGAGAAAUGAUUUUAUAUCUGUCAUAGACAACAAAGUACCUGAAGUGUAAAAUUACUGAAAAUAAGAUGACUGACCUUUCAAGAAUUGGUAUUUGUUCAGAUUCAGGUGUUGUCUCCUGGAUCUUUCAUUUCCUCACUGUGCCUGAGAACCUCCUGUAUUGUUUCCUACUCUAGUGACAGUGACUUCUGCAGGUUUGCAGCAGCUGUUCACGAUGUAUCAGGCCAAGGCAGGAGUUAACAGCUGCUGGAAGAUACUGGGCUUUGAGAUGGAGUUCCCCCUUUCCAGCAGCAAUGGAAAUACUCAAUGUUUUCAUCAGCCACCUACAUUGAGAACCUGGAUGAUGACACAGUUUCAGGAUCGAAUUGGAUAACAGAAAACAAUGUCCAGCAUUUUCUGUCACAGACAACCAAAACUACCAGGAAGCCUUACUGUGGGUACGCGCAGCAGAUCUUGUCCAAAAGGGAGCAAGUGGAGCAGGAAUCGUUGCUUGCUGCAAUACAGUGGCCAAAGCCCCCUGAUGGCAAAAUCGCCUUUGCACAAAGCACUGAUCCCACACACAGUGACUUUUUGAUUGUGAAACCCAGCAGGUUCUUCAAGGUGGGUGAUCAGUUGGAGGUACUCGUUCGUAUGAAGGAUUUCCAAGGAAAACCCAAGCAGUAUGGUGGAGACUAUUUACAGGCACGAAUUCACUCUCCUGGGCUAAAAGCUGGAGCAGCAGGAAGGAUUGUAGAUUGCCACAAUGGCCUUUACAAAGUCUUCUUUACCUUGCUUUGGCCAGGAGAGGUCAAAGUCUCUGUGUCCCUUGUCCAUCCCAGUGAAGCAAUCCAAGUCCUCCGGCGUUUACGAGAGGAAAGGCCGGACAGAGUUUAUUUCAAAAGCUCAUUCAAGUCUGGGAGGUAUUCAGAAACUACAGAGUGCAACGUUUGCUUGCCUGGAGGUAUCCCAGUCUGUAACUUCACAGAUCUCUACACGGGUGAGCCAUGGUUCUGUUACAAGCCUCGAAAACUGUCCUGUGCCAGCCGAAUCAGCCAUGCUAAAGGUGGAUAUCUGAAGGGUCUUCUGACACAGGAGGAAAGCCUCUUUUUCCAAAGUGACGUGAAUAUCAAGAGGCCAAUACUCUCCAGUGGACCAGAUUCAGUCAUUGUAAAGCCCAAGGCAUUUACAGAAUCAAGCAGUAUGGACAGAGCUGAAGAUCCCACAGUUUCCCCUUCUGGUUAUUAUUAUGAAGACCAGUGGAGGUCCAGAACACAUUGGAUCCAUAAUUUUAGCAAAUCAGAUGAUAUAACUGAGUGCUUACAAGGAAAAGUAAUCCACUUGUUUGGAGACUCUACAAUACGGCAGUGGUUUGAAUAUUUGACAGCAUUUGUUCCAGAUCUAGUGGAAUUUAACCUGGGGAGCCCUAAGAACGUGGGCCCUUUCAUGUCUGUGGACCUGAAGCACAACAUCCUGCUGAAGUUCCGCUGCCACGGGCCACCCAUCCGCUUCUCCACGGUGUUCAGCAGCGAGCUGCGCUACAUCGCCAACGAGCUCAACAGCAUCGUGGGCGGCAGGAACACUGUCGUAGCAAUAACCAUAUGGUCCCACUUCAGCACCUUCCCCGUGGAAGUGUACAUCCGGCGGCUCAGGAACAUCCGCAGAGCCAUUGUUCAGCUGCUGGACCGCAGCCCCAAGACUGUGAUCGUCAUCAGAACCGCCAAUGUUCAGGAGCUUGGGCCAGAAGUGAGCCUCUUCAACAGUGACUGGUAUUCCUUUCAGCUUGAUUCUGUCAUGAGGAAAAUGUUCUCAGGAAUUGCUGUGCACUUUGUGGAUGCUUGGGAGAUGUCUGUGGCUCAUUACUUGCCACAUAACCUUCACCCUAAUGAAAUAAUUGUUAAGAAUCAAAUAGAUGCAUUUUUAUCGUAUGUGUGCCCUCUGCAAACUUAGCACAAAUGGGUAUCCCUAUGUUGUCUUUUGCUAUAGCCGAAGUACAGUUGCUCUUUUGAGCUGUGGAAUGAGGCUGGAUGAUAUGGAGGAACUCUGGGUACUGUACUUGCAUGCAGGAUAAGUAGGGUGACCUUAACUCUGGGUAGCUGUGAGGGAUGGUGAAGUGGAGUUGACUCCUCAGGCCAUAUCUUCCUGGAAGAUUGAUUCCUUCAAGCUUCUCAUUCAUACCUGAGAUUAUUAGAGAGCACCUUAAAUUGGCAGGAUUCAACAAGAAAUUAUUUGGGUUAUUAGCUUUACUAGUUGUCUGCACUGUAUGCCUAAUUUAAUCCUGAUUCUGUUGCCAGGGUCCUGUUGCUCAGAACAGUGUGUGAAACCUGGGAAGGAUUUUGGGAAUGGUCUUUCAGCAUUCCAGAGGUUAAGGGAUGUCUCCUCCAGUUGUGUGCCAGAGAAGUACAGUGUCUGUUCUUGUUUCAAAGUCCUAAUUAGAAACAUGAAGGGAGUGUACCAAAGUCACCAAUAAGGAAGCACAAUCACAAUAUCUGUAGAAUUAAGUCAUGAAGAAUUUGCUGACGUUCAAUCGAGUACACUAGUUAGGCAUCUUUGUUGUUUACAGAUGGCUGCUAAAUAGUACAAAUAGCCAGUAUUUUAGUUUGGUUUCCUGUCCUACUGAAUUUCUUUUGAACUUUGAUACACUGUCUAUUUCUUGAUUUAUCGGUGGUGAGGAUAUGUGUGUUUUGUGACCUCAGUGAAAACACUCAGGCAGUUCCUGCAAGUUCAAGUUGCAGGCUCACCUACUUGAAGCUUAAAGCAUUUGCCAGUGAAAGUGUUUCAUUUGCCAGUGAAAGUGUUUCCAUUCCCUGCGAGCUCCAGCUGUUCCGUUCAGUGGCUCUGCCGUGUCCUUCAUACUCCGUGUCUGGACAGGGAGGCCAAGUGACCCUAGGGCCCCUGGUGUGCUUUGGCAGUGGUGCUCAAGGCCAUGCAAUGACUCCUCUUCAGGGCCUGGCAGUUCUGUCAUUUCUUCAUGAGCCUCACUGCUGCCAGUAUAAAAGGUGGAACUCCCUGCACCCAAAAGCCAAGCAUGCCCAGGGCUGCCUUCGUAUAUCUGCUUGGCACAGACCCAGGUUUGCUGGGCUGACAGCUGGUGGCUCUCCAGCCUCCUGGCCUGGCAUUACUGCUGCUUAUUUGAUUGAACCUGUCUGCAGUUUUAACUAGAAGCACUUUGAAAACAAUUUUUAUUAAACGCAAUUCUCAAAUUAAACAG